AUGUCAGACGAUUCGGAUGUAGAUAAUGUUGGAUAUGAAUCACUCUUGCGUAAUAUCAACAUAGGAAAGGAUAAGAAGGCUCAAGUACGUAAGAAUGUUCACUCGAUUGAUGUACAGGACCUUCUGGGAUCAGUAAAAGUCCAAAAGAAAUCAUUAGCUCUUGCUAAGUUGAAAGUGGAGAACGACAAGAAGAAAAGCAAAAAAAAAAAUUCAGCCCUCCCGGUUCCGUUGCAUAGACAGGAGCGGGAGAGAUUACAAGGACAAGUUGGUUAUAAUGAGCUAAAGAAAGAUUUGGCCAUUUGGACAGAUAUUGUCCAAUCAAAUAGAUUAGCUGAUCAAUUAAGUUUUCCACUUCAUCAAGAAGGAGUAUUAUCUAAUGAUAAUGCCGCUAAUAGAGCUGACAGCUUUAGGCCGAAAACAGAUUUCGAAAAGGAACUGUCCGAUCUGGUACAAACUAGUAAGCACAAUCUCAACAAUGAUGUUGUUUAUACCGAAGCUGAGCUUGAAAUAUUAAAAGCCAUGGACCUCAAAGAGGCUAAAGAGCGGUUACGUAGAUUACAAAAGCAUAGGGUUUUGAUCAGUUAUAAGGAGGCGAAGUUCAGAUACCAGAAAAAAAUCAAAUCCAAAGGAUAUCAUCGUUUACUAAAGCGUCAGAAGCGUAAGCAACUCAUCAAAGAGUUUGAUGAACUGCUUGUGAGAGAUCCUGAGGCAGCAAGAGAAAAGUUAAAACAGCUAGAGACGGAUCGUGUAUUGGAAAGAGGAUCGUUGAAACACAACGCCAAAAGUCAAUUUAGAAUGAGCGUUCUCAGGCGUGCAGGUAAAGAUCCUGCAGCUAAAAAAAUAUUGGAAGAGCAUAUGAGACUUGGAAAAGAACUGAGAGAGAAAAUUUCUAUGGAAACUGACAGCGAAAGUGACAGUGAUAGCGACGAAGAAGCAGACAACAAGCAGAGCGUAGCUGACCUUAUUAAGAGUGCUGCUCUAGCUGCAGCCAAGGGCGAUACCGAAUCUCAACUAGCUUUCGAAGAGGGAAACGAGUCCGAGAAACGAAUGAAACUGUUUGAGAUGAGAGCACAGAAGCGUGAAAAAAUAGCUAAGUUGAAAGCUGAUGGAACGGUUGAAAAGGUCGAGAAAGUUGAAAAUGUAUUUGAGGAGAAUGCCGAUUGGAAUCCGCAAAAUCAACCAGUGGAAUCCACCAGUACUACUGCUGCUCCAACUUCUGAUGCUAGUGCUAAGAAAAAGAAAAAAACUAAGAAAAGAAAGCUGAACGCUAAUGAAGAGGAAAAAGCAAAGCCUGAGUCUACGGCUUCUGUUGAAGACUCGUCGUCUACACAGCCAAAAGUGAAAGGCCAUGUUGGUGAUGUUGAUGAUAUUUUUGAACAAGCGGGAGAAGCCAUAAUAAGCAAGCUUCGUGGUAAAAUAAAAAAAGGUGAACCUAACGAAGCAGCUACUCCUCCUGUCGAGAAGAAAAAAAAAUCUGUGAAAGAGAAAGAGCCUGCAAAAGAAGCUGAGCCUGAUCUCGUGCUGGACCCCAGACAUUUCUUAAAGGUGGAAACUAGUGAUUUGAAUAAAGUUGCUGCUGAUUUCGAUGAUCAAGUAACUGAGUUAGAAGAUGACCAGAGCAAGUUAAUCGCCGAAGCAUUCAAGGAUGAAGAUGUUAUAGGUGAUUUCGAAAAAGAGAAAGAGAGGACAGAAGAAAAAGAAAAGCCGCAAGACAUAGAUUUGAAUUUACAAGGAUGGGGAUCAUGGGCUGGUCCGGGAAUGACUGCAAGGAAGCAAAGGAGGUAUAUCAUCAAGGCGGCGGAUAAAAAAAGAAAGGAUAGAAACAAAUCAGCUGUUAUCAUCAAAGAAAAGCCAGAUCUGCCUGUGCAUAAAUUACAACCUCGAGAGCUGCCAUUUCCGUAUACCAGUGUUGAAGACUACCAGAAAGCCAUUAGUCAACCUCUCGGAAAAGACUACAACCCUGUUACAGUCACAAAAGAUUUAUGCAAACCUGCAGUUGUCACGCAAGCCGGUCGGUCUAUCAGGCCAAUGGAUAAAGAAGAAGCUAUCAAGAAGAAGAUUAUGGAGGAUGAUGAGACUCUAUUCUAG